AUGGACAGCUUGUCUACCGUGACGCCGCUGGAUUGCUCAAAGUUCGUCGUCGGAGAGCCUGCGGAUGAAUCCAUCAGCUUCUGCUCGUGGAAAGUCGUCGAGACUUAUCCCGACCAGUUUAUCGGCAAGGCAAACAGACCUCGUGCCAAACCGUACUUUGACAAGAUUUUGGAAGGCAGAGUCUGGGAUUUUUUCUAUCUCUACAACCCGGAGAAGCCUUCUGAGAAGCCCCGCGUGCUGGUGCCCACUGUCCAGCUUGAGGACUUUCUCAAGGGCAUCAACAGAGCGCUCGGUACUUCGCUCGCCAUUCCAGGAGGGGCAAACCAGGACCGUUUCUAUAUGAGGUUCGGCCAGGGCGACACCCCAAGACCUCGAUAUCUUCAAAGAUCGAGAGACCAGAAAGCUUUGAAGGUUGAAAGCUUCCCAGACUUUGAACAGAAAGACUACGACAACUUCAGGAACGCGCACGGCGCCAUCCAGCAAGACUGGCUGAAGAACUGGCAGAUGCUGGUGCCUCGGCCGACGUUCGACAAGAAGAAGAACGCAGACAAGAGAGCAGCUCAGAGGAGACUCGAACGAGAGCGAAUGCUUCACAACGCCCAGGAAUACCUUCACUUGGCGGGCAAAGGCAACGGGGCUGACGUGGUGUUGGUUUGCAUGGAUGUCGAAGCCAUCGAAAUGCCACCGAAUCCCAUAUCGGAAAUCGGAGUAGCCGUCCUGGACGUCAAGGAUCUCGACGGCGUGGAGCCGGGCCCUGGUGGCCAAAACUGGUGGCAGUUGAUUCAGGCACAUCAUCUACGGACCAAGGAGUAUGCGGGUCUGGUAAACCGCCGCUUCGUUCGCGGGUGCCCCGAUUCCUUCGACUUUGGCACCAGCACGUUUCCGGGAGAGUAUGAGCUUCCCGAGGCCAUCAUGGCCAUCCUGGAGCCCUACGUAAGCAAGAAUCGACCGGUAGUGUUUGUCGCGCACGACGCUGGCUCAGACAUCAGGUAUCUCGCGAGCAUUGGAUUUGAUGUUCUGGGACUCUCAGGCCUCGUUGAGCAAUUGGAUACGAAGGAGAUGCACCUGGCUUGGAAAGAGUCUGACCAGGGCAAGAGCCUGCUGAGCGUCCUCGGCGACCUUUGCAUCCACAGCAAGCACCUCCACAACGCCGGCAACGACGCUGUCUACACUCUCCGUGCCCUCCUGGGAGUUGCCGUUGAGCAGAUGCGGGAGACGGAUGCCAAGGCGAAAGGAGAAGAGUACAGGCCAGCUCUGUUCGACGUGAAGCAGGAGACCGAGGUGGAAAAUCCAGACGAUUCAUGGUGA